AUGGCCCGGAGACCCGGGGCGCCCGCCGCGCACGGCGACGAGUUCUCCUUCGUCAACCCGCUGGUGAAAUACCUGCUCUUCUUCUUCAACAUGCUUUUUUGGGUGAUUUCCAUGGUGAUGGUGGCUGUGGGUGUCUAUGCUCGGCUGAUGAAGCAUGCAGAAGCAGCCUUGGCCUGCCUGGCUAUGGACCCCGCCAUCCUGCUCAUUGUGGUGGGCGUGCUCAUGUUCCUGCUCACCUUCUGCGGCUGUAUUGGAUCCCUCCGUGAGAAUAUCUGCCUCCUGCAGACUUUUUCUCUCUGCCUCACCAUCGUGUUCCUGCUACAGCUGGCAGCUGGGGUCCUGGGCUUCGUCUUCUCGGACAAGGCACGAGGCAAAGUGAGUGAGAUCAUCAAUAACGCCAUCGUGCACUACCGAGAUGACCUGGACUUACAGAACCUCAUCGAUUUUGGCCAGAAGAAGUUCAGCUGCUGUGGAGGAAUUUCUUAUAAGGACUGGUCCCAGAACAUGUACUUCAACUGUUCAGACGACAACCCUAGCCGUGAGCGCUGCUCUGUGCCUUAUUCCUGUUGCUUGCCUACCCCUAACCAGGCAGUAAUCAAUACCAUGUGUGGCCAAGGUAUGCAGGCCCUUGACUACCUGGAAGCCAGUAAGGUCAUCUACACCAAUGGUUGUAUUGACAAACUGGUCAACUGGAUCCAUAGCAACCUCUUCUUACUUGGUGGUGUGGCCCUGGGCCUGGCCAUCCCUCAGCUGGUGGGAAUCCUGCUGUCCCAGAUCCUCAUCAAUCAGAUCAAAGACCAGAUCAAGCUCCAGCUCUACAACCAGCAGCACCGAGCUGACCCGUGGUACUGAGGAGCCUCAUAGGAUACCAGCAGCGGAGCAGCGGACCCUGGGCACAGGUGGAGACAUGUGAAUUCCAGCCGUGCAGACACAGCGCAGUGGGAAGAAGCAAACUCCAGAUGGGUGGGCAGAAGGCAGGGUGCACAGGUGGCCAGCUCCAGUGUGGUGGUGGGGGGAUACCCCCUCCCUUUUGGUCCUAUCCCAGCCUUCUGCAUUGAUAGAGUUCUUUUAUAUUAUUUCUAA